AUGGCUAAGUUGAAUUUCUGGCUGUGUUUGUUCCUGAUCUGCGUUUCAUUGUCGCGGUCAUCAGCAACGCGGCCGCUGCAGCAGCGGUUUGCAAACGCAGACGGAAUCAGACGAGGGCGUAUGAUGAGAGAAGCAGAGAAAGUGUUGAAAGCUCACAUGGAAAAGCUAAUGGAAAGAGGCUUUAAUGAGUCCAUGAGACUUAGUCCUGGAGGUCCCGAUCCUCGUCAUCACUGA